GUCGAGACGAGAGGGGUUGAUGCGAGGAAAAGUGGAAAAUCGACUGUUAGAUGCAUUUGUAAAAACGGAUAGUCAGCUAUGUAUCGGUCGCUGCUCGCAGAGUGUCAUAGAAAAAAAAUCAACAUUGCAAAAUUUCAAUGAACAGCUUUGCACUGCCCCCUUUGCGCGGGGUAACACAUCAGGCCCGGGUGGUUAGUCACACGGUUGAAUAUUCGCUGGCUAAUUUGUAGCUAGCCAUGCUAACCCUAGCUGGUUAGCUUUGUUUACAUCAAGUGCGCGCCUGGAGUCUGGUGGCUAAUUGCUAACCAGGCACGUUUCUAAUCAUAGGAGCGGCCCCCUCUUUUUCCAAUUAAGCAUCGACGGGGGUGACACUGUCGGAUAGUAAAUGGAGCCCGUGGCGAACAUCGACCAUUUCUCGCGUAAAAGGUUUGGAUGAUGUGAGCUAACGUUAGCUGCAAAAAUGCUAACCUAUUGAUCAUGGGUGUUUGGCUCAGUUGAAUCGGUGUUAGCUGUUACAGAUUAGGGAUAAUGUGAGUUAUUAUAACAAAAAAAAGGGGGUCAAAUUGGUCCUGAUUAAAUAAAACAUUAACUGUAAGCACAUAUAAGUAUUGAUUUGUUGGAGGGGAUAGGAACCAUGAUGCUAACUUAACCUAGCAUUAAAUUGAACCGCCUUCCCAUGUUGGCUGUGAAUUAGUUUGUGGAGCAUUAUUACAAAACGUCUGCAUUGUAAACCAGGCGGGUUAAUAUUUCUCCCAUCUGUCCUGAGAGUUGAGCUUUCUUCUUUUUUUUUUAAUUUUUUGGGCUGGAUAUUUUUUCCUCUGAGGCUGCGGAGCUCACCGCUAUGAGCCCUGUUAAUGUAACCGCUUUGUACGUGUCCGCCAGCCGGGCCGUGCUGCAGUGUGACCCGCGGCAGCCUCACACCUUCACGGAUAUGUACACGCUGCUACCCUUCUUCAGACAGUCCCUCGCAUGCCUCGUCUGUGGCAAACUGCUAGAAGAUCCCAUUUCUCCAACACAUCCAGAGUGUCAGCAUUGUGUCUGCUUAGCCUGUAAAGGCCAGAAGAUGCGGAUCAGGCUGUCAUGCAACCGGUGUAAAGACUAUUCCUGCUUCCAGGAGAACAAACAGCUUUCUUUGCUGGUGCAGUGCUACAGGAAGCUCUGUCUCUAUGUGACUCAUUCACCGUUGCUGCAGUUGAUCAGCAGCCAUGAAGGAGGCUCCAUUGAGAUUAUGGCCUUGCUAGAGGAGGUGCUAAUGUCACAUAAAGAGACGGAAGACCUUUGCUUAGCUCAGGAAGAUGUGAAUCCUUCUGCCCCUGACUCCCUAACCCCCACAGAGGCACCACCUGCUCCUGCAGAGCUUUCAGCUGUACCACAGAGUUCCUCAUCUGACCCUCCUUUUUCCAAUGGACCACAAGGCUGCAAUGGAGAGGUUCUUGAGGACCUGGAUCCCUCAUCUCCCGAGCUGGAAGUCUGCGAGCUGGUAGAGGAGCAGCCUCCGGCAGGCCUGUCUGUGUCCGACACUGGCUGUGGUGGUCUGGAAUUGAGUCUGACUACAGGACCAUUAGUCCAAACUCCAGGCACUGUGUGCUCACUCAGGGAUGGGGAAUCAAGCAGUAGGGAGCUGGAGGAGGGGGAGGUGUUGCUUCUCAGUGUGGAGGAGGUGUUACAGACAUUGGAUCCCCUUCAGCCCAGUCAAGAUUCCCCUCAUGCACAUCAAGAAAGAACACACACUCACACACACAUUACCACAGACAGAGCACAUGCUCAAAUGUACAUACACCUAGACGCAGCUCACAACUACACACAGAUCCGAACAGAAAGGACAAACACAGGGUCAAGCCACGGUGCUCACAUACUCACAUCCUCCUUCGAUCCCCCUCCCUCUUCCAAGCCCCCACCAGUCCGCCUUAAACGAAAACGAUCACGUUCAGAAAGUGACAGGGAGAAAGUUAAACCCCUCCCGAUUGCCUCCAUCCUGCAGGGCCCCUCCUCAAACGUACACACUCCAAAUCCCCCUCUGACGCUAAACACACAACCACCCACACUCUCCGUGACUGUACCAGCACACACAUACUCAUCCCUUUCUAAUGGAGCCCCUCCAAAGCCCAGUCGCCCUGCGCCAAACCACAAUAAAGGUGCCAGGAAGCAUGUUGAACCGGGUCCUAAGAAGCCCCACGUGAAGGCCCGCAGCGGUGGGGGUUCCAAGACCAAGGACGGAAGCAAAGACCAGCGGUUGAUGUCUGGCUGCCUCGUGCCUCCAGCCCCCGUCAGGCCUCCAUAUAAGAAGCCUGUGGAGAAGAAAGGCUGCAAGUGUGGCAGGGCAACCCAGAAUCCAUCUGUGCUGACCUGCAGGGGGCAACGCUGUCCCUGCUACUCCAACCGCAAGGCAUGCUUAGAUUGUAUCUGUCGAGGUUGCCAGAACUCCUACAUGGCCAACGGAGAGAAAAAGCUAGAGGCCUUCGCCGUGCCAGAGAAAGCCUUGGAGCAGACGCGGCUCACCCUUGGCAUCAACCUCACCAGCAUCACCGCAGCCGCGGCGCUCCGCAACCCGGCAACCACCAGCAUCCGAGCUAACACCCUCCUAAAUGUCGCCACAGCAACAGGGACCCCUGUUACCACAGCCUUCUUGUCCCCCAGCUCCCCACAAGAUCCCAACUAUGAAGACAGUCUGGAGCUGCUGAUUGGAUGAGAGGCUGGGACUCCAUACACAGACAGCUCUGUGCUGAUUGAAUGUGACGGCUGAUCAGUGUGUCUGUCAGACAACCUGUAUCCCCCCCCCUCCCCAAAAUCUAAGGCAGCUAUGGGUCUGUCCUGUCCUGUAACCUGCUCUUCUUAUAUUGUGUUGGAAAAUGCUGAGUAGUAAGACUAGCAUGGGUGUGCCAAAGCCUCCUGUAUUGUGCCUGUGUGCCGGUGUGUAUUGUUGCCUGCCUGUAGUGAAACACAUAUAUACUCGGUUCUGUUCUUCAGAGGUGCUUUUUGUUCAUUAGACCACAGACACACUCUAAGAGGCAAUAGGAACCCAUACUAUUUUUUUGUCUUCGUUUGUUUCUGCACACAAAUAUAGAUUUGCUAGUGUGCGAUUUUUUUGGUGCAUAGUGGUAACAAAAACAUCUCCAUAUCUGAGUCAACUGUCACAGCAUUUCCCACGUUUGAGUGUUCCUGUGUGUUUAAUAAAUGCAUAAUCUGUAUUAGGACAGCCCUCACAAACACUUGACCUUGUAUGUGUUCUCAUCUUAACGGUGAAUGAAUCUUGUGACUAAUCUAUAGAGAACUUCUGUUUCACACACGACUGUUUGCCUUUUCUAUCUCGUGAACUCACUCAAUCCAAGUACUGUCAGAUUAAAAAUGACUUUGUCUUAAUGAACGUGGCUGAUGCAGGCAUUGUACAGGCAGCAAGAUAAUGUCAAAGCACUUGGCUGGCUCCAUGGUUUUUGUAUGUGAGUGUGGGCGUGUGUGUGUGAGUGAGUGAGUAGUGAGUGAGUGUGCAUGCGCCUGCUGAGAUUUACUGUAAUGUCAGUGAGGAGGUGUGUGAAGGAUUGUAAGCACUUAGCCUGAUUGAUUGGCCAAUUUACGACUAAAAAUCCAGUCUCUGUUACCAUAGCAAUAGGAACACCAACAUGGUCCCAGCUCUCGUGCACACACCGUUGUUUACAGCAUCGCCAUUUAUAUAACCUAAUCUGACUGUCUUCUAAAAUAUUACACUGUUACGUCUUGAUUAUGAGAUAGUACAUGACUGUGUUUAGAUAAACUGAAGCCAUAGGUCGUCAUUAACAAGACAAAAUAUCCUCUGAGUGUGUGUUUCUUCCCCUUCUUGUAGUGUCCUGACUGAUUAGAGACAAACUCAGAGACUAUUUUUGAUACCGACUGUGUGGAACCACUGUCUUUUCUGUGUUUUGGUUAAAGCACCUUGAAGCCCUUCUAUAUCCCAAGAGGCUUUGUGUUGUCCGUGUUUGUGUUAACUGUCUCAGCUGUAUCUACAACAUGUUUGUCAGUCCACUCAUGGUGACCAAAAAAAAAAAAAAAACCGACUGAAGGAGAGAGGACUCAGGCAGACCAAAACAAACACCUUGGUUCUCCACUCAUUGACCAGAAGAAGCAGGUUGAUUUACAGUAAGAUCAGCAAAUAUGAUCUAUCUUCCUGCUUGUGUGUGUGUAUGUUUCAAAAUGUAUUUCUUUUGGGCAUUACUUGAACCCUGAUUAGUUUUUGGUAUUUUUUUUUUUUUUUUUAUGUAAAAACUCUUGUUUGAGGAGUGACUCUUAUUGCGGAAACAUUCACUGCCAUAAUAUGGAAAACAUGUAAUAUGACAUGUAUUAAAUGAUAGUUUUUUACUUUUUCA